AUGCUCCACGAAAAGAUGGUUUCAUUUUUCCUUCUCACUAUUCUCAUUGGAUUUCCCAGUGCUCUUGUGAGCUCCGAUAUUGAAUUUCCCGAGCGUACGGCUACAAUUCAAGCAGAUUCAACCGCUACCACAACUUCGCACGCUGCAUCUACGCAUGCACUUAAAACAACCAAAGCUCAUCAUGUUUGUGAGGACAAUCCCCUCGUGAAUUGCAAAAGGUUCAAGGCAGAAUGUUAUGACCCUCGCUACUGCGAAUUUCUGAACAAGUUCUGUCGUAGAACGUGCAAUCGAUGCGAGAAGUGCUUCGACACUUAUGCUGAGUGCGCAGAAUUGAAAAAGGGAGGAUUCUGCGACAGCAUUUUCAUCCCGACGGAACUAAAGAAGAAGUUCUGCAAAUGGACGUGUGAUCUGUGCAAGGACUUCAAAGACUGA